AGACAAACGAGGUAGUACCGACGGACMUGAACGCACCACAUCAAAGAUCCAAGGAUGGCGCUCCGAGCUGCUGGAAGUCGUUUGUGGCAUUUUCAAAAAUGUUCUAAGAUAAUUCCCAUUCAAACCCAACACGGGUUUAGGUUUAAAGCAGCCUGUCCGGUUGAAGUGAGUCAUCUGGAUCAUUUGGUGCUGACGGUGAAAAGUGUACCAGACACAAUCAACUUUUAUUCCUCAGUUCUUGGGAUGGAAGUUGUCACUUUUAGGGGAAACCGUAAGGCUCUUGGGUUUGGUCAACAGAAGUUUAACCUUCACCAGGUGGGACAAGAAUUUGAACCAAAAGCCAAGCAUCCAACUUCAGGAUCUGCAGACCUGUGUCUUAUUACAAAAACCCCUCUGUCUUCAGUAGCUGCUCAUCUCAAGGAUUGUGGGGUGGAGAUUGAAGAGGGACCCAUAGAAAGGACCGGGGCCAUGGGGCCCAUCACCUCGCUUUACUUCAGAGACCCGGAUCACAACCUGAUUGAAGUGUCAAACUACACUCAGUCGACAGCUGACACGUCUUUUUAAAGCUUGUUUUCAAACGUGAAAACGCACCCUCUGACCUCCCUACACACUCACACUCUGCAGCCCAAAACGAGUGUUUUCACUGUGAAAAGCUUAAACCAAAAUGACUGUAAUUAAAGUCAUUUGCUCUCGAUUGAGGCAGAGUAGAUAAGAUCAGCCAGUGUUGGAGCUCUGUUUGGAAAAAAACAGUUUCAGCUCAUUUUAUUUAGAAAUGCAAAGAGAGACUAAACUGUUUUCAGAAACAUUCAUUUUUAGGAUAAAAACAAAAUGCAUUAACAUAUCCUGAAUAUUUAAAAUAAAUCUCAUUACCAUGUUUCGUAAUGCUAUUACAAAACAAAACAUACUGACAAAUAAAAGCCUUGAUAUUCGUAAUAA